GCUGAACCUGGAGGAGGGAUCUUGUUGCCGGCCUGCCCCAGAGGAGGGGCCUUGCUGCUGGGUUGCUAUGGAAACAGAGUCUUUCUGCUGGCAGGCCCUGGGGAAGGAAUCUUGUUGGUCUGCUCCGGGAGCUAGGCCCUGCUGCUGGGUUGCUAUGGAAACAGGGCCUCUCUGCCUGCGGGCCCCGGGGGCUGUGGUGUAGCUGUUGACCCAACCCGGGGGGCCGGCUGAAUCGGGGGGCAGGGCCUGGCUGUUGACUAUCCCCCGGAUCCGCAGAGAGGUCAGGCCCGCUGGUGGCCCGCGCUGGGGGCGGGGCUUUGCCGUACUGCGGGGAUCGCGGGCUUGCCCCUGGGGCUGCCUGUUUGCAGGAGGGCAGGGCCUUGCUGGUGGAUUGCCCCAGGCUGCAGGCCCCGAGCUCCGAGGCUGGCUGCUGCUGCUGCUGCUGCUGCUCGUCGACCUCCCUCCCCUCCCAGCCCAGAGAGACCGAGCCUUCCUGCCGCGCUGCUUUGUUGUUGCUGUAGGACUGCUUGGUGACCGUGGAUAGAGCGACUGGCUUGGAACCUGGAAGACUCAUCUUCCUGUUUGACCCUAGGCAAGUCACUCAAUGCUGUUUGCCUCAGUUUCCUCAUCUGUGUAAUGAGUUGGAGAAGGAAGUGGCAAACCACUCCAUUAUCUUUGCCGAGAAAAUUCCAAAUAGGGUCAUGAAGAUUCAGACACAGCUAAACAACAACCAGUCAGCAGAAGGGAAUCCAGAUAAAAGAGAAUGAGAAGAAGCCUUGUAAGAAGAGCCAUCUGUCAGCACCGCCUACACUUUUAGCUCCGAGGGGAAACUGAGAAUGGACAGGGACGGAAUGGGAAAUAUUUCAGGCUAUUAGAAUCUUGACUUUAAACUUGGACUAACACUUGGAGAAAGGUUUAGGAAAGACGAGUGUCAGUUCUCUUAUUUUUUUCCUCUGAGGCAUUGCCUUGAGUCUGAUAGGCACUCAAUAAAUGUUUGUUAAAUUGAAUGUAGCAGAUCCAUGCCUAGAAUGCCAUUGAGUCUAUAUUAAUUAGCUAGAUUUCCCUCCCACUCUGUGUAAGUCAGGGAUGCUGUCUUACAGAGUUCUUUGGAGCCAGAGUGUGACUCACUGUAAGUGAAUCAAGGAGAGUUUUGAAAUCCAUUAGGGACAGAUAGACUGUAUCUUCUCAAGGCCUGGGUACUUAAAGGAAAAGAAAGACCUACAUAUGGACUCUGUUCCCUAUGCAAAAUAGGUGGUGAGUGCCGGCCCCGAAACAGAUGUUUGGAAUCUUGCCACAUGAAUUUGAAUGUGGCCCUGGCCACUCUUUUCUCUCUUCUUUGGUCUCUGUGCUUCUGUACUGAGUGGCAGCUCCUUUGCAGAAAGGGUGAACCUUGGGCAAAUUGUGGUCAUGAGAGGGAAAUGGGACUAAGAACAGCAAUUUUGAAUGAAGAAGCAAAGUUUCUCUACUUGGGGAUGUCCAUGGACUAAACUUGAGAAAAGACUGGAAUCUCAGUGAGAGCUGAACAUUGUGAUAUUUCCCAGUAUAGUGCUAGGAAAUCCUGAAAGUAUUCAAUGGACUAAAGCUUCCUGACUCAACUAGUGCAGUCAGUUCCCCUACCACUACUACAACUUCCACUUCCACCUCAAGGUUUUGCCUUGAGGCAUUGGCGUCAUCCCUUCCACUUGUGCUACGUAGCCCUCAGCUACCACUACCACAAUGGAUCAAGAGACUCCGUCAUCCCUUACCCCUGUGACGACUUACGCUCAGCUAGAAAGUUUGAUCAAUAAGUGGAGUCUCGAACUGGAGGACCAAGAGAAACACUUCCUUCAGCAGGCCACCCAGGUGAAUGCUUGGGACCGGACAUUAAUUGAGAAUGGUGAGAAGAUCACUUCUUUACACAGAGAAGCAGAGAAGGUGAAGCUGGAUCAGAAAAGGUUGGACCAAGAAUUAGACUUUAUCCUGUCACAGCAGAAAGAACUGGAGGACCUGCUGGCCCCUCUGGAGGAGGCCAUGAAGGAACAAAGUGGAACUAUCUACCUGCAGCAUGCAGAUGAGGAGCGAGAGAAGACUUAUAAACUAGCAGAGAAUAUAGAUGCUCAGCUGAAGAGCAUGGCCCAAGACCUCAAGGACAUUACUGAGCACCUGAACAUGUCUGGAGGAUCUCCUGACACCAAUGAUCCACUCCAGCAGAUCUGUAAAAUUUUGAAUGCACACAUGGAUUCGCUUCAGUGGAUCGAUCAGAAUUCAGUCUUGUUGCAGCAGAAGGUGGAAGAGGUGUCAAAGGUUUUCGAGAGUCGUCGGAAGGAACAGGAACGGAGCUACCGGAUUGUGUUUGAUUAAAUGUCCUGAGAUCUGUUGGAUAGUGUUGCUGUAUUGUUCAUUACCUAUCCAUUACAUAAAAGUUCCCAGGGUGUAAACUUGAGUAAAACAUAUAGUUACCUAUUGUAGUUAUUUUUUGUUAUGGUAAAGUUUGUGGGAAAUUUUCUCCAUUCUAAAUCUUUAUGUUGGUAAGAAAAAACUAUGCUGGAAUUUGCAAUCGUUUAAUGAAAAUUUUGUGAAUCUGUGCCUAUUAAAUUGCUCAAUACUUUAUGAAGUCUUCAAAAAAAAAGGUUGUAAUCUCAGUGGGAGCUGAACAUUAUGGUAUUUCACAGUAUGAUGCUAAGAAAUGCUGAAAAUAUUUAA